UCCCUCUGCUUAUGCGCGAAUUAUAAUACGGGUUAGCCUAUCGGAGGUUUCAUUGAUGUCGUCACGUGUUCUGAUUGUUGUCGAAAUUGCUCUGCGAAUCGUUCUUUUCGUCGUGUUUUUACAAACGGAGAACGUCAAGCCAUUUAUCAGAGUCAUUCAGCAAGAAGAGAUAUGGCUAUACAAAAAUCCUAUUUCACCAGACACGAUCACACCUAACGCAGUGUUUGCUAUUUCAAUCGGUGUUCCUCUUAUAUGCAUUCUGCUACGUUUGCUCUAUUCAACUGAUAAGUCAGAAAUGGGACAUGCACUACUUGGAUUGACAUUGGCUCUGACACUCAAUGCUGUCAUCACGAACUUUAUCAAACUUGCAGUCGGAAGACCGCGUCCUGAUUUUUUCUAUCGCUGUUUUCCGGAUGGUAUAUUCAAGGUUGAUUGGAGAUGUACAGGUGAUCCUGUGAUGAUUCUGGAAGGACGGAAAAGCUUUCCUAGUGGACAUUCCUCGUGGUCAUUCGCUGGACUGGGUUAUCUGUCACUCUACUGGGCAGGGAAGCUACACUGUUUCUCUUCUCUAGGAAGAGGCCAGUCAUGGCGGCUCGUGGCUGCAUUUUCCCCAGCAUUUGGAGCCCUCCUAAUAGCAGUGUCCAGAACGUGUGACUAUAAACAUCACUGGCAAGAUGUCAUCGUCGGGUCAUUGCUUGGUUUUGGAAUUGCUUACGUUUCCUAUCGACAAUACUUCCCAAGUUUAACCAACAGGUUAUGUCACAGUCCACAUUCUAGUGUCUCAGAUCACACUAUGAAAGCAAGGCAUAACCCUUUGAAUUUAGAAACUGUGUAGAGCUAUUCAACAGCUAUGAUAGAAAUUCAUAGAAAUAUUGAGAUACCUGGAGGAGAAUUUUUACAUAACAUCUUAUAGAAUCUCAAAAUAUGGCUAUAC